CAGAGACCGCAGACACGAUACAGGAGAUGACCAGAGACCGCAGACACGAUACAGGAGACGGUCAGAGACCGCAGACACGAUACAGGAGACGGUCAGAGACCGCAGACACGAUACAGGAGACGUGCGUCUUAUGGAGCGAAUAUGGAGCGGCUGGUCCGGUAUUUCCACCGCUGCCGUGUCAGAAUACCGGGCCGGCCGCUCAGUUCUGCAGCGGGACCUUACCUGUUCCUCUAUCCAGCGGCGCGCUGUCUUCCCGGCUUUUGUAGUGUAGGCGCUCGGCUUGACAGCCGGGUGCCAAGUGCGCAUGCGCAAGAAGCGGUGCGGUUUGUGAAUGGUAAGGCGGUACCUGGGACACAUGACAGAUCCCAGAAGCCGCCGGAC